AGUUCGACAAAUGACAACAGACAGGACAACGUAAACACAGUUUCUUCUUGCUUAUUAAUGGAUGGAAAUAGGAAUUUUCAAAUUUACAGGAAUAAAAUAAUUUUGAAACACUUUUGAAAGAACAAUUAUUAACUUUAAACAAUCAUUUCUAGUCCAUUAUUGCAUGGGUGAAUAUAGUGUAAAUGUUUAUUUUAGAUAUAUAAAUAGAUUGUUGACACCGAAGCUAAUUUAAUAGAUUAUAAUGAUGGGAUAAAAUAUUUCCAGAUGGAUACUACCAUUACAAUUUCAAGUAAACACGUGAAAAAUAAAUCUGAUUUCCUACAUUUAACUUACAAUGCUGGAAAUAACGAAGAUGCUAUUAUAUCUGUUGAUUCCUCAAAUUUCGGUCAAAGUGGUACUGUAACUUGGGAUAAAAAAUGUUCUACUAUAUCUAAUAUAGAAAAAGUUACAAAUUGGAUGAAGCAUAGUGAUAAAGAAUGUGUUGAAGAAGAAUUGGUUGAAUUUACCAAAAGCAAUGAAGAUGAAACAAAGAGUUUAAUCCUUUUUAGGUGUGAUUUCAACAAAUCUACCAAGAUAUCCAAUUACUAUCCCAACAACUCUUUUAAUAAAACAUCUUUAAUAAGUUACUUCAAGGAUGAAAAUGGUACCUCGCAAAAUUCAACAAAAGUAUCAACAAUUAUGGAAAAUAAUAUUAGAGUAUCAGAACAGAAAUUAUCUGCAUAUGAUGAUCAGUCGAAAAAAACAGAAAUGCCUUCAAGCAAAAUCUCACAGUCAGACAGGUCUUUCACCAGUGAAAAUAAAUCAGACAAUACAGAUGAAGUACCUUUAAGUCCAGAGACUCGCAAGAAGGAACUUUGUCACUAUUUACAGUUGAUGAAUCCAUCUGAUAAAAAAGAAAUAUUAAUUCUUCAAAAUCGUAGGUCAUCACGAGUAAGAAAUUUAGCAGAACAAAAACAAUUUCAAGAAAAAUUGAAGGAAAUAAACAAUGAUAAUGAAAAAGACAAAACUGAAUCAAUAGAAAAAUCUGUAACUCUAAAAUCUUUUAAAGAACUUAAUGUACAUAUAAAUAAACUCGAAGAUGAAGAGAAAUUGGAUAAAACUUUUAAACACUUUGUGUUUCCUUUUCCUCCAGAACAUUUAUCAGAAGUUGUGAAUGAUUUUGACACUGUAAUGUACAAAUUAAUUCCAAAGCUGAAAAGAUUUUGUAGUUAUAAGAAUAUUCCAUAUUUAACAAAAAAUAAUACACAAGUCAGAUCUUUGCGUAGUCAUAAUACUAUUACCAAGAAAUCUACAGAGAAGAAGCAGAUUUCUAAGAAAAAUAGAACAAGAAAAUCCAAAUCAGUACCACCAUCUUCAAUAAAAUCUAGACAAAAUUCUCCUGUAUCAACAAGAUCUACAAGAUAUGUUUCUCCCUCUAAAUCUAUAAGUUCGCAAUGUGAAAUAAUUUCAGUAGGAGAUAACCAUGAUGAUGACAAUGUUGAUGUUGAUCAAAUAAUGGAUGAUAUGAUAGAUUUUGAAAAACUGAGUGAUGAACAUAAGAAAUGUUUAAUAGAAAGUAGAAUUUUAUCUACAAAACCAUUUCAGCCAAGUUAUAACAGUAAAACCAUUGGCCUUAAUGUGAUAAGUCCAUUGUAUGGAUUCAGUAAAACAGAUACUAAUGAAAUUAGUAAAAUAUGUGAAAAGUAUAAAAAGUCCAUUUCUUCGGGAUUUGUAAAUAAUAUAUGCAAAGAACUUAAAGACAGUACUGUAAAUGUGACAAAUAUACAAAAGAAUAACGACAAUGAAGAUAAAAACAAUAAAUUGGAAACUUCUCAAGUAUCAGGUGGUAAUACCUAUGUAAUUCUUAAUAUUCAUACACCUAACUCGUCAGAAGACAUAACGCAAACAUCGGAACAUUCCAGCAACUCAUCCUUUCAGGAUCAUGAUUAUGCUAGUUGUCCUAGUAAGAACAGUGAAAGUCAUGAUAAUGAUGAUUUGGAGAUUAACACUCUCACAGGCAACCACUUAGAAGUCAAUACAAAAACAAUUUCCCAAAAUAGUAAAUUUGAAAUACUGCCAUACAAAAAGUCCGAUGGAACAAAAUCACUGCAUAAGAGUUUGCAAUGUAAUUCUAGGAAGAGAAAUAAAUUAGUAAAUUCUACAAUGCCCCACGAAUGGGAUAUAGGCACAUCUCUCAAGCCAACUCUCAAAAGACAAUCUCAUUAUAUUAAAAUUAGUCGAGAAAACGGCUGCAUUUUAAAAGCAUUUUAUAUUGGUUAUAAUUUAAUUAUAUGUCAAGAGUUUUUGGUAUCAUUCUGGAUGCAGACACCUCUAGGCAAUGUACUUGGAUCACAAAAUAUGUGGAUUCCAAGAGGUCAGACUCAAAGAAUGGUUUUAAAUAACCGAUGUCUCCAAAAAGACUCAAUGGAAAAGGUAAUAUGCUUAGAAACAAGUGUAGUUUAUAUUGAAUUAUGGAUGAAAGAGCAUAAAUCUGAAAUGAGACAAGGUCCUGUAGCAGAUGUGUUUGUUACUGUUUACUUUUGGAAACAACGUCAAAAUGGAUUAGAUAAGAAAGUUUUACAGCUGGAAAACAUUAAUGGGUUUGCAGAUGACGUUCAAUACUGUGUGAUGAGGCGCUUACCUAAAAUUAUUGUUAGCUGGCAUUCAACUUGCGACGAAAGUGUUUCACCGAGGAAAACAUUCAUUCAUGCAUAUCAGUUGGCGUCUGACUACCAAACAGUUUCGAAUAUUUUUGAUAUAGAACCUGUUUCUCAUUACGUUUCAUCUUUACAUAAUAUUGAUGAUUUUGAUGAUCUUAUUAUGGGAUGUGGAGAAAAUAAAAUUACUUUGUGGAAUAUUGAAUUUGGACAUAUUAUCGCUACUAUUGAGUUAAACGAAAUUAAAACACCAUUAUCUACAUUAUGGGUGAAAUGCGAUAGGGGAUUUCUAUUUGCUCUUCAACAGUGUGUGGAUAGAGAAUUGAGGCUAAUAGCAAUAAACGGUAUCAAUCACUCAUGGAAAAAAUUGGCAAGCUAUUUUCCUCCAGAAGGAUUUGACAGAUUGAAAGGGGUGUGCAUUGAGAAUGGAUUGCUAUUAUCAUUUUACGACCAAGGCAUUUUAUGUUGGAACGCCGAAACAGGAGAGCCUAUUGAAGAAAUUAAUACAGAACAUGACCUCAUCCUUUCCGGUGUCCAUAUAAUCCGAUUAGAAGAUGAUCAAGUUAUCGUUAAACACGUUUUAGCACAUCUUCUAUCAUUAUCGAUUGAAGAAUCAUGAAAUUAAACAGUUUCAACAAUCGUUCAAUAUAAGUUAGAACUGCUUUAAAAUAUGAACAAUUGGAAUCAAACUGUUACUAAAAGUAUUACCGAUUCUAGAUUAUUUUGUUAAUUGUGGAGAACGUCAUUUAAGGAAGCAAAGAUAUAAUUUUUAGGUGUUUUAUACAGGGCGAUCGCAAAUUGUGUAUUUCUAACUAUAGAUUCUAUCUUGCAUCUUUCAUUUGUUCAAUUUGAGAGUGUUUUAAUUAUAGGUCUGAUUUCUUUCAGAAGUUAAGGAAACACAAUUUAUUAUUACACUGUAUAUUAAUAUUUUUAACUUUUAAUAAAUCGAUCAAAGGGAAUAUUUGCAAUAUUAAAUUAUUUGAUAUUUUUAAAAAAGGGUCGAGGUUUAGUAUAUUACUAUAUUAUUAUAUCCAUAAUAUUAUUUCAAACAAUUUAAAACUUGUAAAUCAGUACUCCACCCAUAAACCUUAACAGUACAUAUAUCUAAUAAGAUUUAGAAUAAAAUUCUAAGCUCGUUCUUGAAAUAAAAUAUGUCUAUUAUGUUUAAAGUUAAGUUUAAAGUUCAUAGUAGGAAAAGCGUAGUUGUAAGUUCAUCAUUUCAGUUGGAAAUAACAUAAAUCAUAUUUUCCAUUAGAAACUUACAUUUUCAUUCAUCAAACGUUUUUCCACAUUUGCACAUGGAGUUAAAGUCUGCUAUCUAGGAAUAAGUACUGAAACAUUUUUUUUAUAUUAGAUAUAUCAGUUUGUUACAAUGUAAAUUUUGUUAUAGAAAUGAAAACGAAAAAUUACCUAUCACAAAUUACAUUUUUGACUAUUGUAUCAAACAAAUACGAUAUCAAUGAUCGUAUCUACAUUUUUUUGAAUUAAUGAUUCUUAUUGCCCGAUUGAACCUCCUGUUUUGUUUAAUUGAAUAGCACUUGAACCAUGGAGACUACCUUUCGUGUUAUUUCUGAUGCUAAUCUGAAAUAACAUAUAAUUGUGAUGUGGUUUUAAAUUUUCUAUUUCAUAACAGCAGAAUAGUGAUUCAUAUUUUGAAAAUAGAUUAAAAUAAGUAUGAAAUAGCUUACAUAACGUCGGUGAGCUACUAAUACCAUCUAUCUACAAAUUUCGAACUUGAUAGGAGACACAAAAAACUUAUUUGAAUAUUUAUUUCUUACUUAUAAGCAGAUUUUUUUUAUUUAACGCUUUCAAUUGAAAUAUGGAAUAGAUGGAAUUUAUAUUCAGUUAAGAAAUACUUAAAAAUACAUAAUUGCAUGCACUUAGGAGAUAUUUCUCUUUCGAUGAAUGUCACAUAGAUGGUAUUGUUGCACAAUAAACAUUUUUCUGUUCAAUAUUGUGUUCUCUGCCACGACAAGGAAACAAAACAAAAUUUGGUAGUUGAUAGAUUUUUGAACAUUGUAUAAUUUCAUAGAAUAUUUUUUUAAUACAUUUUCAAAUACAAAGCAACAGAACAUUGAACAACUUCAUAAACAUUAUAAACAAAUUUAAAAGCUAAAGUGGAAAACAUGGGAAAAAGAAACUAUCCACUCUGAAAGCAUAUUAAUGCGGGAUAGUAUCGUAAAAAGCAUGACAAUCAGAUUGAGACUUGGAUAAUCAAAGAUGGUAAAAUUAUGGCAGCAAAGUUUCGUUUUAAAAUAAAGAUUAAGGUAAGGUGCAACUUUCACUGCCUGCAAGUCCAUUGUGAGCAGAAUAAGUACUUUAUUCUGUGCUUUUUGUUUGUCUCUAGCUUUUUCGUUUCUUGCUUGAUCCUUGUUCAAAAUGUGUUUUUUCCAAACCCUUUCUACUACAUUUUGGUCGCAACAUAGAUCACAUAAAUCUUUUUUGGAGCGAAAUAGCGAAAGGUUCUCUUGACGAAACAUUUUUUCGAAAAUUUUUUUCUGCAUGAAAUAGGCAAUCCUUUUUCCGUACAAUAGUUCUUGUAAAUUUCAUAAAGAUUUGAUAAUGAUUUUAUUUCCUCAUCCAAAAAAAGCUUUGUGGAGUCCCUGUGUACAUAGUGUGAAGGUACUUUUACCAACUGAUCAAAAAAUUCUUUUAAAGGAAUAUCACAAAAUAAAGAUUUUCGGACACUAUAGCUAUUUUCUCUGUGUAACUGGUUCAAUUUUUCCUUUCCGGUAAGCAUUGCUAGCACUGAAUUCUUAACCCAACUCUGGACUAUGAAAGGUUUCGGAGCCAGUGUAUUCAGAAACAUCUCUCUGCAUACAGUCCAGGUGUUCUCAUCAUCAUCUAGAGUAUAUACGAAGGUUUUGUUUCUUGUAUCAUCUGAAAAUUUGCUGCAGAAUCUGACCUUUGAUGUUUCACAUUUUUUUGACGCACAACGUGGUUCAAGUUUUCUGGCUCUUCUCAUUGUAUCAUGUUUCACUUUUCCUUCUCUUGAGCGAGAUUAACCUAAAUACGCAUGUCUUGUCAUUCUCAUCUUCUUUAUUCUAUUUUUUUCCACUUUUCUGGAUUACCAUUCUUGCAUCUUUUUCGGCCUUUGUUCAUAUUUCCAUAUUCCUUUUCGGUCUCAGUAACGUACUCACUUUCAGAAGAAGAAUCAGUUUCAUGAAUGUCAGUUUCGGAAAUAUAAUCUGCAUCAGUUUCUUUAGAUGUACUGGCUUAACAUUUGUUUUGAACAGCAAAAUUAUCGAUGCUUGAUAAUACUAUGUUGUGUUGUGUAACGUUUUCUUCUUUGUUAAUCAUAUUAUCGUAUUCAUUAGAAAGUGAAGUGAUGCAAUGACUCACAUUGUCACAGUCAGCGUUUGUAGCAUUAACAUUAUGGCACUCAUUUGAAAAUGAAGUGAAGGAACGACUAAUAUCACAGUCUUUCGUAGUCUCAUUUGACUCUUUAUUACUAUUGAUUACUAUUGACAUUAAGUCUAUCACAGUUGGGAAAAUCAAAUUCCUGUGUAUGAUUGAGGUAAAAAAUUAUAGACACAGAUUCUAUAUCCAGUGAGUCUAAAUAUAUCAACUGAUGUUGAUGAACAACUACUCUAGCUUCUGGUUCAUUCACCAUUUCAGUUUCAAUAACGGUGUUGUCGACUUCGAGUUUUUUUUUUCAUUGCUAUGUACUUUUGCGGCUAAUUCUAAUAGUUUCUCAUUAUUUAAAAUUCUACAAUCAAAAAAACCUUGUUAUUUCUUAGUUAUGUACUAUUUUUUUUAAAUCUAAUAACAUCUAACUUCAAGUAAGAAAACAGAAGUUACUCGAACUGUUUGAAAGAAACAUCACCUAUCUGAACGACAAUUAAUUUAAGUGCUUUUCGUAGUGAUUACAUUAGAUAGUAUCUCAAAAACUUCACAAAAAGCAGACUAUAAUGUUACUGUUAGUAGCUAUUGUGCAUAUUUUAACCUCUAGGCCAAUAACCAAUUAAGUCCAAAAAGUCAUUUUGUUGGUACUUACCUUAGCAGAAACAGUCACAUCAAACUCUACUCUACACAGUAACUGCCAUUACGGUUUCAAAUAGGAGAUAUUGCCAUGUGCAGUAUAAAAGCAGUUUGAAAUAGGAGGUAUUAGAAUACAAAGAUUAUGUAUAUUUCUGAAUUUUUUAACAUUUCGGCGCUAUUUCUAUUCGAUCCGCAAGAAAAUUUUACAGGUUAUGGUACAUUAGUCUCAUUUUCGCUUAAAAUGCAGAUAGGAGGUAUUAGUAGCUCACCGACACUAAGAUAAGUAUAAUACUGUAAAUAUUUACAAACUAAUUUAUAUGAAAUUGUAUUUACUGCGGUUUUAUCAAUAUGUUUUACGUAUCUCUUAACAUACGACGGAUGUUCGUACAGUAAGUUUGAUUUUGAAAUACUAUAGAAAGAACUACUACAGAUCCAAUCAAACCUCUUACACUAAAUUUCGAUAUAGCUUCCCUGUUUUAUCAAGCACUUGUCAUAUAAUGACGUGUUCUUUUUACCACUAUUUUUGACCGUCUAAGAAACAUUUCAGGUCGCUUGGAGCGAGGGGCUGAUAUGGAGAAUGGUCAAUUGAAGACCUUAUUUGAACUCACCAUUGCAUCGUUCAUCACCUUUUCUCCUUAUACUUAUACAUAGUUGUUGAAGUAUUUCUAAUAACUUGGUCAUUUGAAACAAGCGCUACGAUAUCCAACAAACAGCGAGUCCAAUUUAUUGUUAUGUUUUUCUGCUGCUGAACUGCGAUCACAGAGAGAAUAAGAGACGAACUUACUUUACGAAUGUACCUCGUAUAUUAAGCAACUGCAACUACAACGUCUUCUAGUCUAUGAUUAUUAUUUAAGUCUCAAAUCUAAAGCUUCCUAUUAAUUUACUUUUGUAAUGGCUAAUAUUUAGAUAUAUUUUAUCUAUACUAGUGGUCUAUAUUUUUGUAUAUAUCAAAAUUCAAAGAAUUAAAUUUAUUAGUUACUAAGUUUUAUGCAUUUGAUAUGUAUGUUAUUGUAUGGCUAUAAAUUUGUUCAAUACAAUGUUUCAAGAUUAGCAAACGUUGCUAAUAAAAAAUGUACAAAUAGAUUUUCAUCUAUAAAAUUAACUUCAUUUGUUUGUUUUGAAUAUUUAAUUAACACUUAACCCUUGAAUAUUCAAUUUGUUUACCAAUAAUUUUUUUAAUUCAUUUGCAUUUCAUUAUAAGAAUUAUAAUAACGACUCAAUAAAAUAAAAAGAAAAUAAAA